GGUUGAUCUUGAGAUUAGAGGACAUCUAGAAAGGUUGCAACUAUUGAGCGAUGAAUUUCUCAGUCGAUGGCAACGUCACACACGUCUCUCUCAACGUCAGAGACACGUUUGUCACGGCUUUGACAAAGAACAUUAUUGUGGUGGCACUGUGGAUCUCCAUCAACUACAUCAAUGGCACAUUUGUCCACACCUUCUUGAAACACGAGACCUUCAAUGUCAACCCUCGCUACAUCCUCUUCAUCCACCUGGUGAUCAAUGACAUGAUCCAAUUGACCAUUGCUGUCUUCCUGCAUGUCAUAAGCUACAUCCUGUUCACAAUCAAUGUGUCUUUUUGCUGCUUUCUUUUGAUGAUCGCCAUUUUUACCACUUUGAAUACUCCUGUGAACCUGGCUACCAUGGCCUUAGAGCGCUAUAUAGCUAUAUGUAUACCGCUGCGCCAUUCUCAGAUAUGUACAGUGCGCAGGACCUACAUUCUCAUUGGCAUCAUUUGGAUCAUGGCCGCCAUUCCAAUUUUGCCUGACCUUUUCAUUCUCUUGGCCACAGAACCACUUCAGUUCUUCCACUCCAAAAUAUUCUGUAGCCGAGACUCACUUUUCCGCAACCCGUACCUGAUAGAGAAGAAAAACAUUUCCCACGCUGUGUAUCUGACUGUUGUUUGGUUCAUUCUUUUCUAUACGUAUUUCAGGAUCAUGUUCACUGCCAAGGCGGCUAAUGCGGAUGCCAGGAAGGCUCGCAACACCAUCUUGCUUCAUGCUGUACAGUUGUUAAUGUGCAUGUUCACCUACAUAGGCCCUUUGAUUGACAGCCUGAUGCUAUAUAUAUUUUCCACACAUGCGCUGGAGAUCCGGUUUACUAGCUAUGUAAUUGUUCAUAUUUUGCCCAGGCUUAUUAGUCCAAUAGUUUAUGGGCUUAGAGAUCAGACCUUUUGUAAGUAUCUGAAGAGGUACCUGAUGUGUCGGGUGAAUGAGCAUUUAUCCUCAAAAUGUGUCCCUUUCAAACACCACCAGCCAAGGGAAAAGGUCUUUAUAGAUCACAUAGCAGGAUAAUUCUUCUCCAUGUGUAUAUACUCUAUAUUUUCAGUGGUUUAUUUUGAAAGGUAUGUAACUAAAUUCAUUUUCUCAUGAUA